GUGAACAUGUGAUCAUCAAGCAUCUGGAUUUCUGCAAAUUUUAGCCGCACAAUUUGUUUCUCAUUUACAAUGGUGAAUUUGUAAUCAGGAGAGAGUAGCAUUAGACAUUCACAUUAGCAUCAACAGCGGUACUGAUCAGCUGCCAUGGUGUUUGUGAAGGACGACACCGGCCGCACUCUACCCAAGUUCGGCGAAUGGGACGUCAACAACCCGGCGUCCGCCGACGGGUUCACGGUUAUCUUCAGCAAAGCCAGGGAUGAGAAGAAAGCCCCGACCAAAGGCCACAUCAGCAACAGGUCGGCAGACAGCAAGGACUCCAGCAGGGUCGACAACAAGGUGACCUCCUACAACUCCAGGAACAACGCAUCGAAGAAAUGGUUCUGCUGCGUCUCGCCCAGUCCCACACAAUCCUGAGCAAGCCAAGCGCUGCGCAAUGCAGGAGAGGAAGGCAAACGCUGCAGCCUGGUGUUGUUCUGUGAUGGUUAUGUGUAGCUCUGUUGCUGCCAGCCAGCGACACGGGCGCUAUGUGUAGCCGUUUCAUAUAAGAAAAUUACUCUGAUGGUGGGUAUCUGCUUAUGACGUUCUUAGAUCUGUGUAACAUCAGUUCAAGUUGAUGUCUGCUUGUAAUUUUCUUUUCUCGACCCUUUUCUAUGCUGUAACCCCUUCCUCGAUGUUAUCAGUUGAAUUACUCAUAAAAAAUGUCAUGACCA